CAAUGGCUUCCAUGAAAGCAUUCUGGAAAUGAAUAUGCCGGACUAUUCACCUCCUGGAUGGAUCUCUGGAACGCGAACCUAGAUGGAUCAUUUUCAGGGAAAAUUAGUAUCUUGAAAACUCAGGAGAUGGACUGAUUCCUUGCAAUUCAAACGUGUCUGUUUUCUCACAUUUUUUGAAGAGCUGUAUGAAAUCUCUGAUGCCAUGGCAGAUGCAGAAGUAGGAAACCACACUUUGGUCACUGAAUUUAUCCUCCUGGGAUUUGAAAUUCUUCCAGAGUUACAAAUACUUCUCUUCCUGUUGUUUUUCAUACUCUACAUUGCAACCAUGGCUGGGAACAUCCUCAUCAUUGUGCUCAUCAUAGCUGUUCAGCAUCUGCACACCCCCAUGUACUUCUUCCUGGCGAACUUGUCCUGCUUGGAGACCUGCUAUACCUGCACCCUCCUGCCCAAGAUGCUGGCAAACUUCCUCACUGGAGACAGAACAAUUUCAUUCUCUGGAUGCUUCAUCCAAUUUUUUUUCUUUGGUAUCUUGAUAGUUACAGAGUGUUGUCUCUUAUCCGUGAUGUCUUAUGAUCGGUACUUGGCCAUAUGUAAACCACUGCAUUAUGCAGCCCUUAUGAGUGAGAGAUUUUGUUCCAGCCUUGCUGCUGGCUCAUGGAUCAGUGGAUUUAUAGUUGCCUCCAUUAUAAAUCUCUUAUUGUUACAAUUAACCUUCUGUGGGCCCAAUCAAGUUGACCAUUUCUUUUGUGACUACAUUCCAUUGAUUAAACUCUCCUGCAGUGACACUUAUGAGAUUGAUCUUACAGUUUUUAGUCUUAGCUUUAUUUUCCUUUUGCCACCAUUCCUUUUGACUCUAACAUCCUAUGUCUGCAUUAUCACCACCAUACUGAGAAUCUCUUCCACUACUGGGAGACAAAAGGCCUUUUCCACCUGUUCCUCUCAUAUUAUUGUGGUGACAAUUUACUAUGGGUCUAUAACUAUAGUCUAUAUGUUCCCACAAACCAACACCCUUAGAGCACUGAACAAAAUAUUCUCUCUUUCCUACACUGUGCUGACUCCAUUGGCCAACCCUCUCAUUUACAGCCUGAGAAACAAGGAAGUCAAGGAGGCUGUAAGAAAAGUUGUCUGUCUUUAUAGAUCUGAAAAAAGUUUAAGUAUUCUCAGACUUCAUUAG